ACUGUUGGUUUACAUUAAAGGAUUGCCACUUCACCGAUGUAAACUCCACAGAAUAAAACAACGUUAGCCUUGUUCUGCACUGAGCAAGCGACGGUGUUUCAGUUCUUAAUUUUCGCGAUCGGCGCCCGUCGAUGAGAGCCGCAUUGUUCACGUCUCAACUGAGAACUCGGCAGAGGCAUUUCCCAUCGGUUAACUUAAUUGUACACGAACAGAACAACUACCCGCUAUGACUUGAAAAGGUCGUGUACACCAUCCAGUUCGCAGAAACCUCACUAAAAAUAGUGACGCAUUCACCGAAGUAGAACUGUCAGAGAGGCGGUCAAGAUCCAGUGAUCUUCCGGUUAGAGAACUCCGCGUCCGCGAACCAUCCAAGGCAACUGAUGUUCGACUGAGUGUGCUGUGGGCCGGCUUUUAUGAACUAAAGGAGGGAUGAAAUGAAAAUGGGCUCAUCUACUACUAGCGAGUACGGCUUGAAUGCAACUGCCAUCGUUGGUUGUGGAAUCUCGCUAUUUUUUUGCGUGGUUUCCACUAUCGCAUUUAUAUUUUUCAGAACUUAAUAGGACUACAAAGAGAACCCUCUGAUUUAUAAAGAGUACCGAUCUACAAACAUGCGAAGCUGGCGGAUUUUUGUGUGCGCUUUGAACAGUGUAGCCGCAAGAGGCCUGAAAAGGAAAAUUCAUCCGUGAGCUACGCAUGAUAUGAAUGACUUGGGAAGACCUCGGACGGAGUCGUUUCUUAUCAAACAGCAUUUGAUCUUGGCCGUGGGACUGACUCAAGUUGUUCUAUUGCUUACCAUAACUGCUUAUAGAAAGGAGGAGGGAUGUCAAGCGAUGUCGGUUAUUCUUCACUAUUCCAUUUCAUCUUGUUUUUCCUGGUGUCUAGUGGAUAGUCUAUUCUUGUACUUUACUCACACCAACAGUUUUCAUCCUCUUAGAAAGAAUAUUUAUUAUCUGCUACUUGGCUGGGGCUUUCCAGUAACCGUAAUAGCAAUAUCUCUUGCCAUUGGGUUCAAAUCAAGUGGACAAUCAGAACCAGUCUUGUCUAUUUAUUACUGCUGGCCUUCUGAUCACAUAUUGUGGGCUCUAGUUGUUCCAUGUCUUCUCAUUGCAACGCUUAACUUAAUGAUAUUGUCCGUCGUUCUUCAUCACUUACGACAACCUUCUUACGAUAUAUGCGCUAGAGCUGUUCUCGAAAAACGAUAUACAAGAUAUGGCAUCCGCACCAACAGUAUAAUGUUAGUUGGUCUAUGUCUGGGGUGGAUUUUUGGUAUCCUGUCUUUCCGAGAGCUUAAUGAUGUCCGUUUUCAACUCUCUUUUGGACUCAUCAAUGGGCUUCAGGGAAUAUUCUUGUUUUUCUUCCACUGCGUUUUAAACAUUGAUAUCAAAGGCUAUUACCAGUCUGGGGUUCACCGUUGUAGUCAUGAAGAUGGUUGUUUGACGGACAGGGAGCGCAGUAAACGGAGUAAUCCUCCCACGCAUGCGCAAGACCUACAGGCAGGGUCUCGAAGAAAGGUCAGCAGCAGGAGCCCGGUGACAGACCACGUUCCUUUGAUAUCAGUGAGGGCUCAGACAAAAUCCCCGCAGAAAGAAGGUUCUUCCCGAUCCCAGUCCUCCGAACCAAGAAAUGAUCCUCGGCCACUAGAGGUUACAGUAGUGUCAAAGGUAGAAUCCGAACCAGAGGUAAAAAGGGAAACCUCCGAGAGGCCACAAAAACCUGACCACGAUGCUUAUCUAAGUCUACCGGGCACACCAGAGCCGCAUAUCCCUAAAGUGAAUGUAAAAGAAACAAAAAGAAAGAGUCUACCACCCGAGCUGACGCCAAGAAAAAGCAGCAAGAACGAGGUGGAAGGAAUAAGUAAAUCUGCGACAAUAGCAAGUCUAGCGAGUUACACGACACCAGCAGCGGACAGUGAAAUCUACCAACUUCCACAAACUGAACAUUUAAAGGUUCAUUCUAAGGUGGAGAAAUCCCACAGUGAACCGAUGUUUCCUCCUCUAAAUGAUCAAACGAAACCGACCAAUAAGCAACCCGCUAGUCCUGUGCACAGCAGUACAGACACUCGGAAGCUUAGUGUCCAGUCCUCUGCCUCAACUGGAGGAUCGGGAGAAAGAAAACCUCGGCGGACAUCACGAGGGACACAUCAAGGCGCUUCUUUAAACGAGCUGGAAAGCUUGUUUUCUAAUCCAGUUUACGUCAAACCUCAGAGACCAUCGGUGUCUAGUCUGCACGGACCACGCGAUGGAAGGGAAAGAAAACAUUCAUACGAGAUGGCUCAGAGGCCAGGGUCGCGAACAUCCUCGAGAAACACCGAGGAAACAAUGCUUUAAAAGAAAGAUAAAAGUUUUCAAGAAGUGAGAAGAGAUCUGCAGCGUCUAAAAUAUUAAAGUAACAUUAAAUGCUCUUGUUGGAGGCGUUUCGUCUGUCCGCGAAGAUAUCGAAAAAAAGAUAUCGAAAAACACGAAAAACACGUUUUUUGAGGGUUCGAUAGACCAAAGUAUUAUCUCUAUCGUUGGUGAAAUUUAGAGUGCAUUUCGAAUGAAUGACUUCGAAAAAACUAAAUGAAAACGGAAAUAUCACCACGAGCCCAAGAAAACUCAAAGGAAGCACAAACAAACCCACGAAAGCCCAGGAAGUUGUGAUUGGUUUUUUCUAUUUUUGCGCGUGAUAGAUUGAGAGGGUGGCGGGAUCCUUCUCAACCAAUCGCAGGGAGCAAUGAAACAGACCAAUGCUAUUCAAGAUAACUUGAGACAGUUGAAAAUUGCUUUAGUAAUGUAAUACUGACUGCGUAGAUCUCAGUUAUUGUUCGAGGCAUCGGUAAGCUAUAUCUAAGAAAGUUUUUAAGGACUUAAGUACUUGAACGGGGCCACUUCGAAUUUGAAAUGAUAACAAAGACCUAUAAUUUUACAAAAAAAAAGAAAACUCCUUGAAAUAAAGUUGCACUUAGGUUGAAAAGGAGAAA